CCUCCCCAUCUCUCCUCAGGCUCUUUCCUGGAGUGCAGCCGCCGGCCAUGCCCACUGUCUGCCUCCUCCCGCUGCUCCUCCUUGCCAUGGGGGGGGCCUUGGGUGGCAGCAGGCCCUUCACUGCCUUCUCAGUGACAGACACCACACUCACCCACCUGGCUGUGCACCGGGUGACCGGGGAGGUAUUUGUGGGGGCAGUGAACCGAGUCUUCAAGCUGGCCCCCAACCUGACUGAGCUGCGGGCCCACGUCACGGGGCCCGUGGAGGACAAUGCUCGCUGCUACCCACCGCCCAGUAUGCGCGUGUGCACCCACCGCCUGGCACCCGUGGACAAUGUGAACAAGCUGCUUCUCAUAGACUACGCUGCCCGCCGCUUGGUGGCCUGCGGAAGCAUCUGGCAAGGCAUCUGCCAGUUUCUGCGCCUGGAUGACCUCUUCAAGCUGGGCGAGCCCCACCACCGCAAAGAGCACUACCUCUCGGGGGCCCAGGAGCCCGACUCCAUGGCCGGGGUCAUCGUGGAGCAGGGUCAGGGGCCCAGCAAGCUGUUUGUGGGCACCGCCGUGGACGGCAAGUCUGAGUACUUCCCCACCCUGAGCUCCCGCAAGCUCAUCAGUGACGAGGACAGUGCCGACAUGUUUAGUCUGGUGUACCAGGAUGAGUUUGUCUCCUCGCAGAUCAAGAUCCCCUCGGACACCCUGUCCUUGUACCCCGCCUUUGACAUCUAUUACAUCUACGGCUUCGUGAGCGCCUCCUUCGUGUACUUCCUGACACUGCAGCUGGACACCCAGCAGACGCUGCUGGACACAGCGGGCGAGAAAUUCUUCACGUCCAAGAUCGUGCGCAUGUGCGCCGGGGACUCGGAGUUCUACUCCUACGUGGAGUUUCCCAUCGGCUGCUCCUGGCGCGGCGUGGAGUACCGCUUGGUGCAGAGUGCGCACCUGGCCAAGCCCGGCCUGCUGCUGGCCCAGGCCCUGGGCGUGCCGGCUGACGAGGACGUCCUCUUCACCAUCUUCUCGCAGGGCCAGAAGAACCGGGCCAGCCCGCCCCGACAGACCGUGCUCUGCCUCUUCACCCUCAGCACCAUCAAUGCUCACAUCCGGCGCCGCAUCCAGUCAUGCUAUCGGGGGGAGGGCACGCUGGCCCUGCCCUGGCUGCUCAACAAGGAGCUUCCCUGCAUCAACACUCCCAUGCAGAUAAAUGGGAACUUCUGCGGGCUGGUGUUGAACCAGCCGCUGGGCGGCCUGCACGUGAUCGAGGGGCUGCCCCUGCUGGCGGACAGCACUGAUGGCAUGGCUAGUGUGGCUGCCUACACCUACCACCAGCACUCCGUGGUCUUCAUCGGCACACGCAGCGGCAGUCUGAAGAAGGUCCGAGUUGAUGGCUCCCAGGACGCCCACCUGUAUGAGACAGUGCCCGUGGUGGACGGCAGCCCCAUACUACGAGACCUGCUCUUCAGCCCCGACCACCAGCACAUCUACCUCCUGAGUGAGAAGCAGGUGAGCCAGCUCCCAGUGGAGACGUGCGAGCAGUACUCGAGCUGCGCAGCCUGCCUGGGCUCCAGGGACCCGCACUGUGGCUGGUGUGUGCUGCAGCACAGAUGCUGUCGAGAAGGGGCCUGUCCGGGCGCCUCAGCCCCGUAUGGCUUUGCGGAAGAGCUGAGCAAGUGUGUCCAGGUGCGGGUCCGGCCCAACAACAUGUCAGUGACAUCGCCCGGGGUGCAGCUGACCGUGGCCAUGCGCAAUGUGCCAGACCUCAGCGCAGGCGUGAGCUGUGCCUUCGAGGAGGUGGCGGAGAACGAGGCCGUCCUGCUGCCCUCCGGGGAGUUGCGCUGCCCCUCGCCCUCUCUCCAGGAGCUCCGGGCUCUCACCAGGGGACAUGGGGCCACGCGCACUGUGCGGCUGCAGCUGCUCUCCAAGGAGACAGGUGUGCGGUUCGCCGGGACCGACUUUGUCUUUUACAACUGCAGCUUCCAUCAGUCCUGCAUGUCCUGCGUUGGCAGCCCUUACCCCUGCCACUGGUGUAAGUACCGUCACGUGUGUACCAGCCACCCCCACGAGUGCUCCUUCCAGGAGGGCAGGGUCCACAGCCCCGAGGUGAGGCGGGUGCCGCGCGCGAGGGGGUCGGUCUCCGUGUGGGCUGGCCUCUGGCUUCUCUUGGGUUACUCCUAUGAAGGUGACGAGUAUGGUGACACUGAGCUGGACUUCUCUGUGGUCUGGGAUGGCGAUUUCCCUAUCGACAAGCCUGCCACCUUCCGAGCUAUCCUGUAUAAAUGCUGGGCACAGCGACCCAGCUGCGGCCUCUGCCUCAAGGCCGACCCCCGCUUCCCCUGUGGCUGGUGCAUCUCGGAGCACAGGUGCCAGCUGCGUGCCCACUGUCUGGCCCCCAAGACCAACUGGAUGCACCCGAGCCAGAAGGGCACCCGCUGUAGCCACCCCCGCAUCACCCAGAUUCACCCGCUCAUGGGGCCCAAGGAGGGAGGCACCCGUGUCACCAUCGAGGGUGAGAACCUAGGCCUCACCUACCGAGAGGUAGGCCUUCGGGUGGCCGGCGUGCGUUGCAAUUCCAUUCCCGCUGAGUACAUCAGUGCCGAGAGGAUCGUGUGUGAGAUGGAGGAGUCGCUGGUGCCCAGCCCACCGCCGGGGCCCGUGGAGCUGUGUGUAGGCGACUGUUCUGCCGACUUCCGCACGCAAUCAGAGCAGCUCUACAGCUUUGUGACCCCGACAUUCGACCGUGUGCGUCCCAGUCGGGGCCCAGCUUCUGGGGGCACGAGGCUCACCAUCUCUGGAAGUUCUCUAGAUGCCGGCAGCACGGUCACAGUGAUCAUGAGAGAUGGCGAGUGCCAGUUUGUGAGGAGGGAUGCCGAAGCAAUCGUGUGUAUCUCACCCGUUUCCACCCUGGGCCCCAGCCAGGCCCCCAUCACCCUGGCCAUUGACCGUGCUAACAUCUCCAGCCCCGGAGUUCUCUACACGUACACCCAGGACCCUACUGUCACUCGCCUUGAGCCCACCUGGAGUAUAAUCAACGGAAGCACUGCCAUCACUGUCAGUGGGACCCACCUGCUGACAGUCCAAGAGCCCCGGGUCCGGGCCAAGUACCGAGGCAUCGAGACCACCAAUACAUGCCAGGUUAUCAACGACACUGCCAUGCUGUGUAAGGCCCCUGGCAUCUUCCCGGGGCGGCCCCAGCCACGGGCCCAAGGCGAGCACCCUGAUGAGUUUGGCUUCCUGCUGGACCAUGUGCAGACAGCCCGCUCCCUCAACCGGUCCUCCUUCACCUACUACCCUGACCCCAGCUUUGAGCCACUUGGGCCCUCCGGCGUCCUGGAUGUCAAACCUGGCUCCCACGUGGUGUUGAAGGUGCUGGCCAUCACUGCUGUGCUGGUCGCCUACAAGCGCAAGACUCAGGAUGCAGACCGCACGCUCAAGCGGCUCCAGCUCCAGAUGGACAACUUGGAGUCCCGCGUGGCUCUGGAAUGCAAGGAAGCCUUUGCUGAGCUGCAGACAGACAUCAACGAGCUGACGAACCACAUGGACGUGGUACAGAUCCCGUUCCUGGACUACCGGACCUAUGCCGUGCGCGUGCUCUUCCCAGGCAUCGAGGCCCACCCGGUGCUCAAGGAGCUGGAUACGCCCCCUAAUGUCGAGAAGGCUCUGCGCCUGUUUGGGCAGCUGCUGCACAGCCGCGCCUUCGUGCUCACCUUCAUUCACACGUUGGAGGCCCAGAGUAGCUUCUCCAUGCGGGACCGUGGCACCGUGGCUUCGCUCACCAUGGUGGCCCUCCAGAGCCGCCUCGAUUACGCCACGGGGCUGCUCAAGCAACUGCUGGCAGACCUCAUCGAGAAAAACCUUGAGAGCAAGAACCAUCCAAAGCUGUUGCUACGCAGGACGGAGUCAGUGGCCGAGAAGAUGCUUACCAACUGGUUCACGUUCCUGCUGCAUAAGUUUCUGAAGGAGUGUGCGGGGGAGCAGCUCUUCCUGCUCUACUGCGCCAUCAAGCAGCAGAUGGAGAAGGGCCCCAUCGACGCCAUCACGGGCGAGGCGCGCUACUCCCUGAGUGAGGAUAAACUCAUUCGGCAGCAGAUUGACUACAAGACGCUGACCCUGUACUGCGUGUGCCCGGAGAGUGAGGGCAGCGCUCAGGUCCCCGUGAAGGUUCUCAACUGUGACAGCAUCACCCAGGCCAAAGACAAGCUGCUGGAUGCCGUGUACAAGGGCAUCCCCUACUCCCAGCGUCCCAAGGCUGAGGACAUGGACCUGGAGUGGCGCCAGGGCCGCAUGGCCCGCAUCAUCCUCCAGGAUGAAGAUGUCACCACCAAGAUCGAGUGUGACUGGAAGAGGGUCAACUCGCUGGCCCACUACCAGGUGACAGAUGGUUCCUUGGUGGCACUGGUGCCCAAACAAGUGUCCGCCUAUAACAUGGCCAACUCCUUCACCUUCACCCGCUCCCUCAGCCGCUACGAGAGCCUGCUUCGCACGGCCAGCAGCCCCCACAGCCUCCGCUCUCGGGCGCCCAUGAUCACGCCUGACCAGGAGACGGGCACGAAGCUGUGGCACCUGGUGAAGAACCACGACCACGCCGACCACCGCGAGGGGGACCGUGGCAGCAAGAUGGUCUCCGAGAUCUACCUGACGCGGCUACUGGCCACCAAGGGCACGCUGCAGAAGUUUGUGGAUGACCUCUUUGAGACGGUGUUCAGCACGGCACACCGGGGCUCGGCCCUGCCCCUGGCCAUCAAGUACAUGUUCGACUUCCUCGAUGAGCAGGCCGACCAGCACCAGAUCAGUGACCCUGACGUACGCCACACCUGGAAGAGCAACUGCCUGCCCCUGCGCUUCUGGGUGAAUGUGAUCAAGAAUCCGCAGUUUGUGUUCGACAUCCACAAGAGCAGCAUCACGGACGCCUGCUUGUCGGUGGUGGCCCAGACCUUCAUGGACUCCUGCUCCACGUCUGAGCACCGCCUGGGCAAGGACUCACCCUCCAAUAAGCUGCUCUAUGCCAAGGACAUCCCGAACUACAAGAGUUGGGUGGAGAGGUACUACCGGGACAUUGCAAAGAUGGCAUCCAUCAGUGACCAGGACAUGGACGCCUACCUGGUGGAGCAGUCCCGCCUCCAUGCCAGCGACUUCAGUGUCCUAAGCGCGCUCAGUGAGCUCUACUUCUAUGUCACCAAGUACCACCAGGAGGUUCUCACCGCCCUGGACAGAGACGCCUCGUGUCGGAAGCAUAAGCUGCGCCAGAAGCUGGAGCAGAUCAUCAGCCUCAUGUCCAGCAACAGCUAAGGGUGGCGGAGCCGGUGAGGAGGGGGCUUCCCGGUCCUGGGUCGUCGUCCUGUCGAGAGGGGGGGCUCACGCCUGGGGCUCAGGGCUGAGCCCGGGAUGGGGUGGCGCAGGCCAGGUCAGCGGGCCACUAUGCCCCUGAACCCCCUUCAUUAGUGCCUUGCUUUGGGCCCUGCAGGCGGGGAGGGGGUGACAGGACCUAGCCCCCCACCCCAGCAGCAGCAAUACCCCCAGCCUCCUGCCCUUGUGCCCAGGUGUGUGACAGCCCCUGCCCCCCUUACUAUUUAUACCCCCAACCACCUAUUUAUUUAAUUUAUCUCUGCCUCACUGCCUCCAUCUGUAAAUACCGCCCCCCCACCCCGCCGCCCCCCCACCCGGGAUGUUGCCAACCUCAUUCUCUUCCUUGAGUUGUCCUGAUCCUGUGACACCUCGCCAUGGCCUCGGCACCAGCAGCGCUUAGGGUGAUGCACCCUAAGCUGCCUUCGGACUGUGGCUGUGCCAAGGGGUCCCCUGCAGCGGACCACAGCGUCCCCCUCCAAACCUCUUGGGACUUGGACUGCGCAUCCUCAAGGGGCCCCACUCUCUCCAAGCACCUGAGAGCUGUAACUAGACGUUCAUUCCGGGGCCUGACCUGGGCCUGGGGCUCCAGAACUUUCUCCCGGCCCUACUGCCAAACCUCCUCAGUGUUGUCUAACUUGCCUUUGGACCCUCAUCCUCAGCUGCCCUGUCCUGCGCCCGCCCCGAGGGGCCGAGGCGGCAGUGCCUUACUCCUUUGUGUUUCUGCCUCUUUCGAGGAAUCUGGCCCCAUCUCGAGGUCCCGGAAACCCCACUCUCUCCUCUUUUGUUGCAUGAGUUCUCCUUUGUUCAUGUACAUUUUUUCCUAAUUAAACAUUGGGAAAAUGGA